UUGUUUGCUUACGCUGAUCGUUAAUAUGCACGGUGGAUGAAGUAUGUACUAUUUUCAAAAAGGAUAAAGAUGUUCAUUCGAAUCGGGAUGAACGAUUUUUUGUAAUGUUUUAUGUUCAUUACGUAAGUUGAAUACGAAGUUUUUUUUUAAAGAUAAUGUUUUACCAGGUGUUAAACUGAGCUCUGUAAAAAUGUAUAGCUCUUAACUAAAAUUGAUUUUCGUGGUGAGAUGUUUCAAUAAAUUGAACUUCCAUUCCCCUAAUGAUAGUUGAGAGUGUUGGAAGCUAUGUUUGAAAAGAAACCAUCAGUAUACAGGGUGUUCAAUGAAUGUGUAAUUCAUCGAAUUUUUUUUAGUUGAACAUUCUAAAUAUUUUCACCGAAUUGAUUCUUUUCAAACGGGUUAUUCCCAUUAAUAAUAGGUUGUUUGAGAUUAUACCGGAUGGUUCGGAAAGUAUGGUGAUAUUUAUGACACAAUAUUCUACACAAAUCUAAGUAAACGUGUUACUAAUUAUACUGGUACUUUACCCAAAUUUAAUGCUUUGUCUAAGAUAGAUAAACCAAUCCUGUCUGUUAGACCUAUCAUUGCUUCAAUUGGUUAUCCUACUGAAAAACUUGCAUCAUUUCUAAGAGACAUUUCAACGAAAGCUUAUGAAUUUGACAACCAAUAUUUUAUUAAAGAUUUUUUCGAUGUUUUCUCUACAUUCGAUAAAACAAAAUUACCAAAUAUUUAUGUAAUUGCUAGCUUAGAUGUGGUACCUCUUUUCAGCAUUGUAUAUUAUCUCAGAUCUAUUGAUAGACGAAUUCCUUGAACAUAUAACUUUCCUUUUUAACAAUACAUAUUUCUCGUUUAGUGGCACCGUGCAUAUUAACGAUCAGCGUAAGCAAACAAAGUUGCCUAUGAUCGUAAAUACCCACAAAACAAUUAUUGCAGAUAAUCUGCUUCGAAAAUUUAUUCGGAAUUAAUUGACUUGGCAAAACCGAACGAUUCAAAAAUAAGAAUUCCCAACACCGGGAGGUCAAACUUAGUCGCUGUAUGGUGAUCAACUGCAUCAGUUGCUGUUUGGAAAUAUGUUGGAUCUCGUGAAUUAUUUCGUUAUUGUUGUGGUUUGUUGUACUGUUAAUGGAGUACUGGCACAAUUGUACGAUGGAGAUUCUUGUACAACAAAUGACGGAACCCGUGCCACUUGUAAAUAUCUCACUAAAUGCCAAUCCGCUCUCAACGACAUAAGGAAAGGAAUAUAUCCCUCUGAUAUUUGCGGUUUCGUUGGCACCAAACCCAUAGUCUGUUGCACCGACCCUAAUAGUUCAACCAUCACUGAAACCACCACUAGUUCAACCACUACUAGAACUACAACAACCACGAGAAAAUCCACAAGUGCGGAUAUGAAAGUUGGAGCAAGAGCUUCUGAAAAGUGUCAAGAAUAUGCAAAUUUCUCAUAUGAAGAGUUGGAAGAUGGUAAGCUGAUAAUUGGAGGCACCAAAGUUAUAGUAAUCAAGGAAUUUCCUCACAUGGCAUUAAUUGGAUAUCAAGCAGAGCCGGAGGAGCCUAUAUUGUGGAACUGUGGAGGAUCAAUAAUCAGUGAUAAUUUCGUACUCACUGCUGCACAUUGCUUUUAUCACCACACUUUGGGGAUUCAGGAGGACCUUUACAAAUAGAUAGCAUUAGUAGUAGCAGCAUCAAGGAUCUCAUAGGUUUAUACAAUAUCAUAGGAGUAACGUCAUUUGGUAAGCCGUGCGGAUUUGCAAGUAAGCAACCAGGAGUUUACACAAGGGUAUCAUAUUAUGUUCAGUGGAUAGAAGAUGUUGUCUGGCCAGAUGAUUGAAUAUUAGAAUUCACUGAACUUGAGUUUUAUAUUAGUGAAUGAAAUUCAAUUCCACUCAUCAUUCUCAAAUGCGACUUGUCAAUUCAACUUUCAGUGGAUAGAAGAUGUUGUUUGGCCACAUGGUUGAAUAUUCGAAUUCACUAAACUUGAGUUUUAUAUUAGUGAAAGAAGUUCAAUUCCGCUCAUCAUUCUAAGACGCGAUUUGUCAAUUCGACGUUCUAAUAUUAAAGUUUCCUCAUAUAUGUUUACAUAGUUUGGUAUUUACUUCUGAAGAAUAUCUGUGCUUAAAUAUCAUUGGAUACGAGGUUAGUAUUUUUGAAAUAAAAUAAACGAAAAUAAACAUUAUUGAACUUUGUA